AUGGUAAAUUCCUUUGUUUGGCUAACUAGGGCUUCAAUUUCUUUAUAAUUUUGCAUAACUAAAAGAACAGUCUCUUCUUUGAGUAUGUUGAAUCUAUAUUAAGGAUUGGAGGGAUCUUCUAUCUUGACAUUCUUAAGUAUUAUUCUUAUCUUUUAAAAUAAAUCAUCCUCUGAACUAUACUUCUCUGAAAGAAUUUUUUAGCUUGCAGUUUCUACAGUAUCCCAGAAUUCGUUCUUCUCAUUAUUCAGCUUUGAGAAAAACUCAUCGUUAGACUUCUUCAAGGUGUUUUAGAAAUUUUGUAAGUGUGUAACUAUACUUUCAAUUUAGUCAUAAAGUAUAGUGUAUUGUUCAGAGAGUUACUCCCAGUAAGGACUAAUCUUUUUUUUUCUCCUUUCUUAAGAAAUAAAAUUGUUAGCAAUUUCAGCUAUUUCUUUUAUCAGCUUUAUUUCGUGGCCACUAUGCUCUUCGUGGAGGCACUAAGCACAUAUAGGUUUCAAAUUACUUGGACAAUCUUUCUCUAGACAUAUAAAGAUAAGAUCGAAAGAUUAAUGCUUUUUGUCUUUUUUACAUGGUAGACCUCCUUUUGAUUUUUAUUAGCUACAAAUCUAAGAUGAUGUAUUGAAGCUUACGUUAUAUCUAUCUGCAACUGAAAAGGAAGAAGUCUAAGUCCUCUGA